GCGCACGGCCUGGGCUCCCGGGGUUGGCGGUUCGGCGUCGCCAGGACCGGUGACUGGCAGGGAGCGUUCCCUAUCGUGUGGCACUGUCUCGUUUUUCAGUGGCGCUUCUCCGCGGUUAAGAAUGGUUACAAUUAAAUACUGGCCGGCUCUGAAGUCAGCGCGCUGCUGCUUUUUCCCACGCAGGCGCCUUGUCCUUUCCUUUCCACGGCAGCUUGUUCCCGUAAAAACACUGAUGCUUGGUUGAAAAAAACUGUGGGUUGAUCCAUAUGGAUUUGAAAGACCUGAAGACUUUGAUUAUGCAUCUUAUGAAGAAUUUUUUUCCUCCUAUCUGGUAAUACUCACUAGAAGAGCAAUAAAAUGGUCUAAACUUUUAAAGGGAAGUAAUAGUGUCCAGAAAAGUAUGAAAGGUGAGUUUGAAGCUUAAUCGAUUUACUUAUUCAACAAACACAUCUGCUAGACUAAAAUCCAAGAGAAUUUAAGUGCUACAGGAAAAGAGCCUUAAUCAUUAAAUACCUUAAUUGGAGAGGAUAUGGUUGAACUUCAGGCAUGUGUAUUUUUAGAGCGGUGCCAAAGAACAUAAGGUUGCAAGGUAUCAGACCAACCAGAGCCCUUUCCCUGAGUGGCCAGAACUGAUGAAGCUCUCACCCUCCUACUGAGGAUAAGCAAACUAUUGUGCAUCUCAGGGGAGGAGGGAAGAAAAGGAAAAUGUGCAUGACCUACUCAGCUUUGGUGAUGACUCUUAUAGCUUUGAGUUCAGUUAGAACUUGCACUGUUAAGCUAAAGCCUUUAAGCUGCGAACUAGGCAUGUCACACUUCAGAUGUUUACAACUGAACUCUGUAAAGCGCUAUAUCCGAAAAGGUGUUCCACUUGAGCACCGGGCACGUGUCUGGAUGGGGGUGAGCGGAGCUCAGGCCCAGAUGGAACAGAAUCCUGGCUACUACCACAGACUCCUCAAGGAAGAGAGAAAUGACAGCCUGGAGGAAGCCAUCCGGACAGAUAUGAACAGGACUUUUCCCGAGAAUGUAAAAUUCCGGAAAACUGCAGACCCCUGCUUACAAAAGACCCUGCACAAUGUGUUGUUGGCAUAUGGGCGUCAUAACCAAGGAGUGGGAUAUUGCCAGGGAAUGAAUUUUAUAGCAGGAUAUCUGAUUCUUAUCACAAAGAAUGAAGAAGAAUCUUUUUGGCUAUUAGAUGCUCUUGUUGGCAGAAUUUUACCUGACUACUACAGCCCAGCAAUGCUGGGUCUGAAAACAGACCAGGAAGUGCUCGGUGAGCUUGUGAGAAUGAAGAUUCCAGCAGUGGCGGAGCUGAUGGAGGGGCACGGUGUCCUAUGGACCUUGGUGGUGUCCCGCUGGUUUAUUUGCUUGUUCAUUGACAUCCUGCCUGUAGAGACCGUGCUUCGAAUUUGGGAUUGCUUAUUCAACGAAGGCUCAAAAAUUAUCUUCCGGGUGGUCUUAACCUUAAUUAAACAACAUCAGGCUUUUAUUUUGGAAGCCACCAGUUUUGCAGACAUUUGUGAUAAGUUUAAGCAGAUUACAAAAGGGAAUUUUGUAACAGAAUGUCACACAUUUAUGCAGAAAAUAUUUUCAGAACCUGGAAGCUUAUCCAUGACAACCAUCACCAAGCUUCGAGAGAGCUGCAGAGCAAAGUUACUCACUCAGGGAUGAGUCGGCGGGCUCCUCAACUGCACAUUCCUCCACCCUUUGCACUGACAAAGGAUCGUCAUUUCCAGAGUUGACACUUGACCAGUUUUUACUGCUUUUCUUUUCAGUGUUGUAAAUACACACUGUCACUACACUUUAGUCAUGGUUUUUUUAAAAGAGCUUUUCAAAUCAUGUCAUUCUACAACUCUUAGGUUAUGAGAUGUGAAGCUACAAAUUAUUAAAGAAAAAAUAUUUUUACUUGAGACAUUAAUAAUACAGAAAACACGAGAUAUGUGCAUUUGUAUUUAAUAAAAUAUGUCAACACCUGUGAGUUUGUGAUUAUCAGAUUUAAAAUUAAAAUAGUGAACCGUCACUAUUGUGUUAUUAAUGCCAAUUAAGAUAUUCUGUUCCUUUUUCUGUUGAGGGUGGGCAUGGAGCAGUAAUUUUGCUUUAGACUAGUACUUUUUUAAAAUUCCUUUUAAAAGAUUGUGUUACACAAUAAGACCACUAUUAUAAGAAAUCAAGAAAAAGCUUAAACACAGAAAAAAACGU